AUGGGUGACGGAGGCUCUCUCAUCUCAUUCAAGGGAAUAAGGCGCUGGCUGGACAAACUGUUACUUGGAGCUGUUUUUCUUUCUACCGCAUUUCAGAACACUGCAGUGGAUUGUAAGAAGGGGAAAACAAAUGAAUUACCUCCUCCAAAUUUGAACUCAAGUGUGAAUGCGGUCAGGACAGGCCAAAAUGUAUCUCUGUCUUGUUCCAGCAAGAACACAUCAAUGGACAUCACCUAUUCACUAUUUUUGGGUACAAAACACCUACAAACCAAGAAAACAAGGGCAGGAGCUGUGACUUUUUACCUGAAGAUCUCCAGCGCCAAUGAAACAGGCCCCUACAAGUGCAAAACCAAUGUUUCUACCUGGCAGAAAUAUAGUCAGGAACUCAACUUCACAGCUGCCAAACGAAAAGCUCAGAGGGAGGAGUCCCAGGAUUCUGGAGAUGCACACAUGCAAGGCGAGCUGUAUGCAAACAUCUAUGAAACUCAGACAGAAGCUAGACAACCCCAGGAGCUACACUAUGCCACUCCGGUCUUCAAGGAAGUGGCACCCAGGGAACAAGAGGGCUGUGUGGGUAAGAACCCCGAUUACAUCUACUCAGAACUCACGCGCUGA